UGCAGCCGUAGCUGCCGAAAACACAAACCGUUUUGAUGCUGCCAGUUGUAAAGCAAAUUUCUCUUACUGCAUCGUAUUCCGCAACGCUUUAAACUUUGGUAGCCGCUGUGGCACUAGCUGGCGUAAUAGUGAAAACUGUUGUUCAAAGCCAUAAACUCGUGUUGAUUUGUCGAGCGUCCCACGCUGUAACGAUAAAAACCAUCUGUCGGUCAUUUAUAGCUUUUCUAAAGGACGUACGAUAUACUGCAUCCGUUACCAGUACCAGCCCAAUGUAUCCCGUUGGAAGUUAUGAAUCAGUGAUCCGUUCGGCAAACCCUUCAAUGCCGGAAGCGGCGGACCUCCGUUUUUCCCGUCCCCCUCUCCACAAAAUUGCCGAACAUCUCCAUGAACAUCGCGGCAAGGAGACCAAAACGAUAUGGCCAGCUCACCAAACCGCUGCGUUGUCCUUUGCACUUCACCAGCAGCUGUACUCCCCAUUUAUGUUUGCGUCACUGACCAACCCCACCGCUUCGGCUUUCUUCCGGCCCUUUGCCUAUCUACCGGUACCGCCAACCGGUAUGUCGCCCGUGCGCCGCUCGACUCCUGCGCGCAAGGAAGUGCUGCAAUCGCCGCCGCCGAAAAACCAAGAGCAAAAGAAGCACAAAUUCGACUUCUCACGCUUGGCGGAAGAGAUUCUCAAGGAGCAAGAAAUUGAUAAAAUGGAGAAGAGUAAAGGAAUGGCGGAGAAAAGAAAUGGGCAAGGAUUCUACGGUGGUCACGUUAAGAGCUUCCGAAAUCGAGCGGCGCGUAGUGCACGACCGAAAAAGCAGUAUAUUUGCCGAUAUUGCGGACGACAUUUCACCAAGUCGUACAACUUGAUGAUCCAUGAGCGAACACAUACAGAUGAGCGCCCGUUUCAGUGUGAAAUUUGCAAGAAAUGCUUUCGCCGACAAGAUCACUUACGGGAUCAUAAAUUCAUCCACUCCAAAGAAAAACCCUUCAAAUGUGAAGAUUGCGGAAAGGGAUUCUGCCAGUCCCGCACAUUGGCUGUGCAUCGUAAUAUCCAUAUCAGCGACGGAUCGGGAGUGGCCAUGGUACAGCAGCCACCAUCUGCUGUGCAUGCGCAGCAGCCGCCCGCUCAGCCGUCGACAGCGGCCACUUCACAUCGACACCUUACUACCGGCCAUUUACAGCCGUCACCGGCGCCUGCACCACUCUGCCCGGCUCACACGGCACCGAUAACCAGAAAAUUAUUAUUAUCACCCUACUGAACCAUUUUAAACGGGGAAAAUGUGAUGAUGCUGUCCUGGAUUGUAUCAGUUGCUAUUUCACGCUACGUCAAACAACUACCACCGGCGUUAGCCGGUAAACAGACGUUGGACAGUUGACGAAAUUUACUCUAACCGGAUGCCGGUUGGUUAGAAGUUAUGUGUGUGCGCACCCGGCUUGUGGGAGUACUUGUUAUUACGUGGCUAUAAUCUCACGGCAAAUUGUAUAAUCUCUAUUCUCCGUUUCUACACACUCAGCUCAUAUUUCUCUCUUGAAUGUACACAAGUUAUUUGACUUUUUCCUCGUCCAUGUGUUUCGCUGACGCUUAGUAUAUUAUUAUAAAUGCAAAAGUUUUUCCCAUACUUUGAACAUUCCUUCUGUAAAUCGCUUGUAUACCGCUACAGUGUGUAGUGUAUUUAGGCUGUUGUUCAAAGUCAAAUAAUUUACCGGCCAUAUGCUUGAUGGUAUUAAAUCA